CCGCGCGACCGCCUCAGAUACACUCCACCCUUGAACGCAUCGAGCAGCCUGCUUUCUCGCGAUGAAUUUGCUGGUUUUACUGCUAAUAGCACUGCCCAUGUGCAUAGCACAAUUUUCAAUACAGGGACCUAGUGACGGGAAUCGAGUCGCCCAGGGUUUAACAAUACAGGAAGGGAAAGGAGUUCAAUACACAGAGCAAAGUGAACCGGUCAACGGUGGUUUCACCAUUCAAGGUGCUCAAGAUAGUCACUCCAAUGUUCAAAGUGGCUCUGAUGGCCAUACAAAUUUCAAUAUUCGAGGUUCUAGUGACGCCGGUGCAGAAAGGUACAAUUUCCAAGGAGCUACUACUGGAGGAUAUAAUAUUCAAGGAGCAACGGAUGGACAUAGUCAGCCUCAAUCGUACAUUCGAGGCUCAUAUGCUGGCGAUCCUGCUACUAAAUCUCUUGAGUACAAUGAUCCAAGCGGAUCAAGGGUGAACUGGAGAUCGUACGAUCGUCAGUCAUUGCCAGGGGCACAGCAACAGACUCAGUAUUCGGAAGCCGUGGCUCCGGCACCACGACUACGGCAACGCGGACAUGCGCAACGUCAACCGCAGCCCCAACCGCAGCCCCAACCGCAGCCCCAACCGCAACAGGAAAUAGUGAACCCGAUACCAUCAAAAAGUUUGGACAGUGCACCAGAUUACAUUAAACAGCUCCUUCAGUUUCAGGCUCAAAUUCCAUAUGUAAACAUCAUUCCUGAACCGUUUAGAUACGAUGCUUUAGUGACGACACAAGAACAAGCUCAAGAAAAUCCACAACCUCAGUACCAACGCGUGGAACAGGAAGCUCCAGAACCAAGGCGUCCAGCUUACCGCGGGAAACCACGUGGUCCGUCUAGACAUAGACGGCAGGCGCCGGAACACAGACCGGAAGCUGGGCCGCAACAAAAACAGAGACCAUCGCAACCACCUGCUGAGCCACAGUACAGAUACUCAACGAACUUACCACCAACGCUACAGCAACUAUUGAAAUUCCAGGCGCAGACUCCUUAUAUUAAUAUCAUACCUGAACAGUUCAGAUUUAAUCCAGAAGCAGCAAUACAGGAACAAAUGCACCAGGUGCAAAGUCAUUAUCAAGAUCUGCUGAGACAGCAACCAUCAAAGCCAGUCGUGCAAGCAGCAACAUUUGGAAGAGCAUCGACUCGAGCUCGAGCUCAAGAACCAGAAGAAGAGCAUUCCAGACAAAGAAGACAAGCUCCUCAUCGGCAACCACAGCCACAGCAACUACCUGCAGAACCUCGACCACAAUAUUCGACCAACCUCCCAAGCGACAUUCAAAAUCUGCUGAAGUAUCAGGCUCAAAUUCCAUACAAUAUCAUUGCCAAUCAAAUCAGUUAUCGUCCUGAAAAGCCUUACAUUCCUCAACCUGUUCAACCUUCUCAAGAAUCCCAAUACCAAGCUCAAUACCAAGCACAGCAAGCUCAAUAUCAGCCUCAACAAGCUGAGUACCAACCACAGCAAGCUGAGUACCAACCACAGCAAGCUGAGUACCAGCCACAACAAGCUCAGUAUCAGCCUCAACAAGCUCAGUAUCAGCCCCAACAAGCUCAGUAUCAGCCUCAAUACCAACCUCAACAAGCUCAGUACCAACCACAGUACCAAACUCAAGCAGACCGAUAUCAAGGACAAUCAAGUGGAUACAAUCAGCAAUAUAACAGUCAGAUACAGUAUCCCUCUGGAUACAAACAAUCUGGAAAUGAAGUUCGUCCUGUCAAUGAGAAUAACUACUGAAGAUGAUCAUUUAUGAUCAGAUAAUUGUUUGUAUUUUUUUUUUCUCACUUUAUUCGAUGUUUUACUUCGUUAUUAAUUAAUUGAUUAAAAGGAUGUUUUGACGCGUCGCAUGUUAUAUAAUAAAGAAGCGAACAGAGGAAUAUAGUAAUUAGUAUGUUAAAUGAUGAAAUGGAAGUGCUAUAAUUAUAAUUAUUCAGAAUAGAAUCUUUUACUAUUAAUUCAUUAUUCAAGGGUAAUUAAAAUAUGAAGAGAAAGUAUUCUGAAUACCAGAAAAUUAUACUAAUUAUUUCUAGUAAAUUGAAUUAUUAAAUUAUCAUUUAUAAUGCCAAGAAUGACGGCUAAUUUUAUAGCAUUCGACAUGCUAAGUUUCUAGAAAAAAUUAAUUAAACGUUAUGGCAAUUAACAUGCGACACGUUUUGAGUGAUAUGCAAUUCAAGAGAAAUCGUAUUUGCUGUGAUUUUUUUUAAAUACCAUCUAAAAUCGAUAAUUUUUGCAAAUUUUAUAUACAUUUUUCUCCACUCAAAUUACAUCCAAUUACUUUUACUAA